UAUGGAGAAGGAGACAAGAGGCUAAGAUAGUGAACCUCCGGGAUGAAGCCGGCCAAGACUAAUGCCGGAGCUUUGGCGCCGCUCCUCCCGGAGCUGAGCUCGCAGGAGGCUAAGGCACCGAGGAGAGCCUCGGUGUUAGGUGCGGUGUUCAACGUCUCAACAAGCAUCAUCGGCGCCGGAAUCAUGUCCAUUCCGGCUACUCUCAAGGUCCUCGGGGUAGCUCCGGCGCUAGGGCUGAUCGUGAUCAUCGCUCUCCUGGUGGAUGUCUCCGUCGAGUUCCUGCUGAGAUUCACGCAUUCUGGCCGGUCGACGACCUAUGCUGGCCUGAUGGCGGAGUCGUACGGACGGAUUGGAUCUGUCGCUGUUCAGAUUUGCGUGAUGAUCACCAACCUCGGUUGUCUGAUUAUUUAUCAGAUUAUUAUCGGGGACGUACUUUCAGGAAAUCAGCCUGAAGGAACAGGGCACUUAGGCGUUCUACAAGAAUGGUUUGGCAUUCACUGGUGGAAUUCACGUGCCUUCGCGCUUCUCAUCGUUGUCUUAUUCGUUCUGUUUCCAUUAGCCUUGUUUCGGCGUGUGGGAUCCUUGAGAUUCACUUCGGCAAUAUCCGUGCUCCUAGCAGUGGUGUUUGUUGCCAUAAGCUCGGUGAUGGCGAUCUCUGCACUUUUUGAAGGGAAAGCACAGAGCCCCAGAUUGCUACCCGAGUUGGACACCCAAACCUCCUUCUUUGACCUUUUCACUGCUGUUCCAGUCAUCGUCACGGCCUUUACAUUUCAUUUCAAUGUUCACCCGAUUGGAUCCGAGCUUGGAAAACCAUCUGAUAUGAUUUCAGCUGUCCGGGUGUCACUGGUACUCUGCGCUGUCAUCUACUCCUCUAUAGGAAUCUUUGGGUACCUCCUUUUUGGGGAUUCAAUCAUGCCCGACAUACUUGUAAAUUUCGACCAAAAUUCUGGUUCAGCAAUGGGGGCCUUACUCAACGACACAGUCCGAUUAAGCUAUGCACUUCACCUCAUGCUGGUGUUCCCUCUCUUGAACUUCUCCUUGAGGGCCAACGUAGAUGAGCUCCUUUUCCCAAAGAGGCCCCUUUUGGCAACAGCCACCCCCAGAUUCAUGUCCAUCACUGUUAUUUUGCUGGUCUUCUCUUAUUUUGCUGCUAUAGCCAUCCCCAAUAUUUGGUAUUUCUUCCAAUUUAUGGGAUCAACUUCUGCUGUCUGCCUCGCCUUCAUCUUCCCAGCUGCAAUCACCCUGAGGGAUGUUCAUGGCAUAUCCACAAGAAAGGACAGGGUAAUCGCAACAAUAAUGAUAAUCCUGGCUGUAGCAACAAGCUCAGUUGCUAUUUCCACCAAUUUAUAUAGUUUGUUCCUAAACAAGAAGUAGGUUCUGAUUUGUGUAUUUCUAUUUUAAGUGCUCAAGCUGAACGAGAAAAAAGCAAAGAUUAUAAAUUCAUUUUGUAAGUGUGGCUACUCGUCCAUCAAAAGAAGUCCCAUCCCUCUCAAAAGGGAUGUCCCGCUACUUUGUAAAAUUUAUUGGGUUAUAAAUUCUUACAUUGCCUA